AUGGCCCAUGUGGUUCUGCAAGAAAAUCUUCUCCUUGCAUGCAGAGCGGAAGAUGUACCAAGCAUUUUCCAAAAAGGUUAUUAUCCUGUUUAUAGACGAAGGGAUAAUGGUAGAACUAUCAAAAAAGAUGGUAUUGACUUGGACAGUGGUGGAAUAGCUCAUUCGAGAUUUGUAAUUCCUCUCAAUCCAACUGAAGAUUCAACAUGCAAUAUAAAAGUAAGAGAUAUUCUUAGAUUUAAAGACACAUCCAAUGCUGAUAAACCUUUUGGAGGUAAAACAUUUGUUCUUGGUGGCGACUUCGGACAAAUUUUGCAUGUCAUUGCAAAAGGAUCUAGGCAAGAUAUUGUUAACGCUACUCUUAAUUCUUCGUAUUUGUGGACCCAUUGUGAAGUCUUAAAUUUAUCAAAGAAUAUGAGGUUACAAAGAGAUCAGUUAGAUGCACAUUUGGAUGAGUUAAAAAGUUUUUCUGAAUGGAUUUUAGCAAUCAGUGAUGGAAGGACUGGGAGUUCCAUUGAUGGCAUUGAGAAAGUCCAAAUCCCCGAUGAUUUUCUCAUAAAUAAUUGUGAUGAUCCAAUAUCGCCAAUUGUUGAAAGUACAUAUCCAGAUUUCUUUAACCAUUCCAGUGAUAUUGAUUGCCUCCAGCAAAGAGCAAUUCUUGCUCCGACUCUUGAUAUGGUAGAGUCGAUCAAUGAAUACAUGGUUUCACUCAAUCAUAGUCCUGAGAAGACAUAUUUGAGUUCUGAUACAGUUUGUAUGUCUGAUCAUUCUUUUUCAGCUUUGGAGCACGUACAUACACCCGAAUUCCUAAACAAUAUUAAAUGUUCUAGAAUUCAAAAUCACUUUAUUACUUUGAAGGUUGGUGUUCCUAUGAUGUUGCUGAGAAAUAUAGACCGGUCAUCAGGAUUGUGUAAUGGUACGAGGUUGAUCAUCACAAGACUUGGAAAUCAGGUUAUUGAAGCCAAGGUUUUAUCGGGUAAUAUGGCUGGACAAAAAGUGUUUAUCUCGAGAAUGAUGUCGACGCCAUCAGAUGCAAGAAUACCUUUUAAGUUACAGCGAAGACAAUUUUCAAUUGUUGUAUCUUUUGCCAUGACAAUUAAUAAAAGUCAAGGCCAGUCAUUGUCUCAUGUGGGAUUAUUUUUGAAUAAGCCAGUAUUUACUCAUGAAUAA